ACAAAAGGGACCAACGCCCCGAACGCGUACGCAUACGAGCUAGCGUACACAACAUCAUUCCCUUAGCAACUAAUGGCGGUGCGACUACCUUCUGCGGCGAUGAAGGCCAGCCCGGCUCUCAAGGGAGAGCGAAUAGUGAAAAAUCUGGUGUGCGUUUCGGGGGCGAUGAUGCUAGGCAAGGACGGGGACGCGCUGUGCCAAGCGAUGGAAACGUUUGGCACGGAGAGAAAGUUCGCUUGGGACCACACCCGCACCAUGCGGAUGGGGAUAACUGGCGCGUUCUUCGUGACGCCCGCGAGCUUCGCGUGGAACAUGUACGCCGAGCGCCUGGCCCCAGGGCGAUCGCUCCGGGCGGUGAUGACGAAGCUCGGGGUGUCCGUGGCGGUGCUUCCGCCGAUGCUGGCCGCCCAGUUCGCGUCCCUGACGCUGCUGGAGGAAGGGAAGACGAUGGGUGACGUGCGCACCAAGCUGUCGAGGGACUUCACGCCGACGCUGAAAAACGCGAUCCUCUUCUGGCCGGUGGUGAGCGUGAUAAACUCGACCUUCGUCCCGGUGCUAAGCCGGCCGGUCUUCAGCAGCUUCGUGGGCGUGUUCUGGAACGUGUACAUCUCGUACCAGGCGAACCACAACGGCAUGGAAGUCGGCGAGCUGUCCGUCGUGUACCCGGCGGAGCAGAAGGAGGAGGGGGAGGAGGAGGCGGCGGUGGUUACGGGCGCGGCGGCGAUAGCGCUGGCGGAGAAGGCGGCCGAGAAGCAGGCUAUAGCCGCCGCCACGGCCGCUGUUUUGGCGGCCGAGCAAGUGGCGGAGGUUAGCGUAGGAGCCUCGGCAAAUGCUGCGACGGGGGCGGGCGAGACAGCCGGAGGCGAGGAGAGGGUUCCUGCGGAGCCAGCCAGGAAAAAGCGGGGAAGAUUCGUGCGGAGAACCUCGGUGGUGUCCAUGUGAGGGUGCUCCUUCCCGCGCGUGUGCGUCCACUUGGCAGUUGUGCGGUGCGUUUUGGAGGAACGAGGAAUGCAGAAAUAUAUAAAGUGGUGGCGAAAGGGACCUGCAAUUCGGAAACGUCACAUUUCGAGUCGAGGCUGAUAUGGGUUCGUAGUUCUUCGUCCCUGUCGGACACAGGAGGUUGUUACGUAGAGUGUAGAGAAGGAUCCACCGCUAAGCUGUGUUUCUUGCCCCUUUUCUCUGCUUUUCGCGAACGUUUGAGCCUCUCUUUCUGAAAAAAGAAACGGCAUGGUUCUUGAUUGCUGGCGGAGCCCGUUCUAUAUUUUGGUGUGUGUGGUGUCGCACGUCCCUUUCCCUCACGAAAGAUUUUGAUGCAUGUGAAGUUGUGUGUCGCUUUCGUCACUGAUGUUACCGCUAGACUACUGUUGCGUGUGAUUGUGUUUUGUAUCUUUGCAGUCGGUGUGAUGCCUCUUUGAUGUUUAUUAGAACUCAGUCUAGAGGCUAGGUUUCGCGUCGUGCUGGUACACACCACCGAACGGAUCCCCCGAUACCAAUGGUAGAGUGCUCACUGCGAGAGAAGAUUAGAAGAGGGGAGAGGAGUACGAAGCACGUAGACAGCGGUGUACAUACAGAUGUUUGCGGGGCAAGAGACGCGCAGGUAACAGCAGUGCUAGCACCGGGUGAAAUUGACGCGUCUAACUUGGCGGCGAAACCUCCCAGCCGUCCCUAGACGAUGUGACACGUUGAUUCAACAAGAGGAAUGAGUUGUUGGCAGGGCCAGUCGUCGCGUGGUUUGUUGUGUUACUUGGCUGUGCUUUCGUGUGGUAGCCGCCGAGGGUUGGGGUAGGAGGAGAACGGGGUCGGUUGUGAGGGCCGGAGUCAGAAAGGUUGCAGGCGAAGCGCCUCGUAGAUGCUCUUUAUACCUUCUUGUCUACCGCCGCGGGCCGGCGGGUCUGGUCUCGAGGAGAACGAAGCGCGUUGUACAAGAGGGCCCCGCUCACGGUGGUCCGCGGGUAGCCAUGUCCCAUCGUACGCCUGUGUGGUUUUGACAGCACGCCGCAAACGCUGCGCACCAGCUUCGGAUGCUGGAUGUACCCGACAUACGUUGCUGCAGGCAGCACUGGUGGAGGGGGUGCGGUGCUGGCCGAUAAGCGUUGUUCGUGAUUCCGGGUGUUGCCGCCGGGGGAGCAGAUGAUGUAGAAAAACAUGUUUUGUGUCUUGCCUUUGACGGUUGUACCGAGCUCGAAGACGAUCUCCCAGUGUCGUGGGGGAGGAGCGCGCACGGCGGUCGUAGCCGUGGAAGCUGACUUGAGAAGCGAGGGGGGGCCUGUUUAGCGACUCGCGCUGCUAUAGAGGUGGCGGCGGCUACCCGUGUUUCAACCCUUUUUACAUGACAUGACGAUGGGAACUAAUAGCGGCAUACCGGUGCCGUAUCGGUGGUUCGAGUGAAAAAUUUUCAGGGCCGCACUACCGCGCCCUACCUGCGCGAGCAAGAUCUCCCGAGAUGUUUUCUUGUUAUUGCGGCACGUGGUUUCCUGAUUGGUCAGCAUCUCUUGGCGUCGCGUUACAUAGUUGGCAUCCCUUUGGCUAAGCCACUCAACGGCACCACCAAACACGAUACCUCAAUAGACACGUGUGCAAUGAUGGAAUUUCGAGAAACAACCAAACGUACGUGUAUUUGUGCCGGCACGCGACCGUGCCCACGGUCAAACACUAAUACAGGAACGAUAUGGUGGAACGGCACAU